AUGACUACCACCUUCUCUUCUUUGCCUGUUGUCGACGUCGGCCCUCUCGGGUCUCCUGCUGGAGCAUCCGAGGCAGAGUUGACGGCAUUGAGCCAGCGUCUAUACAGCGUCUUCGCCACGACGGGUUUCGCAUAUCUAGUCAAUGUGCCCUUGAGUUGCAAUCAUGAAGAGGUCUUUGCAAUGUCGAAAGAGUUCUUCUCGCUUCCACAGGAGGAAAAAAUGAGACUGGCGAAACGAUCAUUCCGACGGGAUCACGCCAACACAUACCGGGGAUACUUUCCCACACAGCCGGAGUUGGCAUCCGAUAACUUGAAAGAGGGUUUCGAGAUGGGACCCGCCGAGCCGAUUCGCACGAAAUCUACCGUUUCCUCAUCUUCAAAGUUCGAUCUUGCUGAGCCGAAUGUCUGGCCUGAAGUGGACAAGUUACCUGCGCGUCCGAAGUUGGAGAGGCUGUAUAUCGAGCUCCAGUCGCUGGCUUCGAAGUUGUUAUCUCUGUUGGCCGUUUCACUGGACAAGCCCGCAGAUUACUUCGCGUCGUACAUGGAGGACUCACUUAGUACCUUGCGUCUCCUUCACUAUCCGCCUGUCGCAUCAGCGGCGUCAGGAUCCGACUCGGCUACAUCAGAGGUCAAGUUGAGUUGCACCCCGCAUACCGACAGUGGUAUCUUGACCCUGCUGCACCAGGAUUCCACGGGUGGACUGGAGGUGCGCAAUUCCUCCGGCGAGUGGGUUCCGGCGCCGUACGUCCCGGAAUCGCUUGUAGUGAACAUCGGCGACCUGAUGGCCAAGGUGUCUGGCGGACGAUUCGUGGCCACUAUGCACCGUGUCCGGGCCCCUGGCCUGAGUGCCUCGGCAGCUGGUACUGGUGGACAGCAGAAUGGCAGCCAAGCUAUUGGUCGUAUUAGUGUUCCCUUCUUUUUCGAACCUGGCGAGAAUUGCUUGGUGCGGUCCGUUGAUGAAGAUGAAGGAUUCGUGCUUUAUGGUGAGCACGUGCGUGCGAAGAUGAAGACCUGGGUUGAGUUCCAGGACGACGAAAACUAA